GAGCUGAGAUUAAUAGAGGAGCCCAGUGCUGAAGCAUCAUUGCAAAUAUCCAGGCUUUAGGACAACAGGAAGACGAGAACAAAGGAUGAGCUUCUUCAACAUGGAGCUGUUCUUCUCUACACUGGCAGUCCUUCUGCUAGCAGUCUCAGUGAGCCCUCAGGAAAUGGCUUAUGAACACAUGCUCGCCCAGCUGCAGGCCUGUCCCAAAGAGUGCCGCUGUCCUCCAAGCUUCCCCAACGCUGUGUACUGUGAUAACAGGGCACUGAAGCGCAUCCCCAAGAUCCCUCCUUUCACCUGGUACCUGUACUUGCAGAACAACCUCAUUGAUGCUCUCGCAGCGGACAUCUUCAGUAAUGCCACUCAGCUUAAAUGGAUCAACCUCAACCGCAACAAAAUCUCCAACGAAGGCCUGGAGGAAGGAACCUUCAGAGCUCUGUCCAGUCUGGUGCAUCUCUACAUGGAUGACAACCUGUUGACUGCUGUACCUUCUCCUCUACCGCCAAAGCUGGAGCAGCUGCACUUCUCCAGGAACAAGAUCUCAAAGAUCCCACCGGGAGUCUUCAUGGGAUUGGAUCGUCUCACCCUGCUGGACCUGCAGGGAAAUAAACUUCAGGAUGAUGCAGUAACUGAGGUUAACUUUAAAGGUCUUAAUAAUCUAGUUCAGAUCAACCUGGCAAAGAACCAACUGAACAACAUGCCUCCUGCUCUGCCUGCUACCACGACUCAGCUCUACCUGGAUGGAAACAACAUCGAGAAGAUCCCUGCUGAAUAUUUCAAAGGACUCCCGAAGAUCUCUAUCCUGAGGCUGAACCGCAACAAGCUAGUCACCGGAGGCUUCCCAAAUAACAUUUUCAACAUCUCUAGCAUGCUGGACCUGCAGCUUUCCUACAACAAGCUUACAGAGGUUCCAGUUAUUCCUUCUGGACUCGAGCAUCUUCAUCUUGACCACAACAAUAUCAAGAAUGUGAAUGGCUCUGAUAUUUGUCCUGUUCCUGCUGCGAUGCUCGAUGAUUAUUUUGAGGAGAGAGGACCUAAACUCCGCUACCUCCGUCUGGAUGGCAACGAGAUCAAGCCCCCGAUCCCCAGAGAGCUGAUGGUCUGCUUCCGUCUCCUCAGAGCUGUAGUCAUAUAAAUCCAGAACCACAUACUAUUCUAGACUAAAUCGUCCAGAAAAACAAAAACGAGAGAACUGAGAAUAAAAUAACUGAGACCACACAAAUGAUCCAGAGCAGAAAGACAGUAGUGAAUCAUUUCUAGCAACAGCCAAAAUUUGAUGGUAAGUGUUGCGUUCUCGCCCUGUUUCCUGUCUUUUAUGGUCUUUUUUUCGUGUUUAUUUUCUUUUCUCCUCCGUGCCUAGGUAUGCCUGAGUAUUGUUUAACAAUAAAUAAAAAUAAGAGAAUAAUCAAGAAAUAAAGCAAAAUAAGCUAAAAUAACAAGGAAACACUGAGUACACUUAAGCCCUAUCUGGAUGGAAUCAGUUUCUUAAGGGGUCCUGGGGUAAUUUUCUCUUUUAUGGAGGAUCCUCUAUGAUUUUAUUCCCAUCCAGAACCAUCAUGUAUAUAUUUUUCUCAGACGUCCUUUAAGAAAAUUUCCGACUAAAUUAUCUACUGUUUUUCGCUGGGUAUUUUUAGUCCCGUCUGGACACACAUCUCUGAGUUUCUUCUCCUCGCAUUUAAUAAAAUAGCUAUUUGUCCACUAUCACACACCGUAAAUACACUUUGGGUGAGUUUCCUUGGAGAUCCAUGUAAAACAACAGCGAGUGGAAAUGGAGGAGCUACUGAACGCCAUGUUAUGUAAUCGAGAAAGCCUACAAAAAACUCACUGGUCCUGUUUUUUUUAUUGCAGUCCAGAUGCAAGAGUUUUAUCACUAAGUAGAAGUUUGAAAUAUAUAUUUUUUUUACAGACGUCCCCCUGAGAAACUAAUCCCGUCCAGAUAGGGCGCUUUUGACAAAAAAAUCAAAGAGACGUGCAACCAUAUUGACGUUAAACACACUUACAAGAACACAGACACAAAAGGGCUUUAUAUGUAUACGCACAGAAAGAGAUAGAAAACAAGAAACACCUGGGAACCGGUAACAAGGGGGCGGAGCUACAGAUAGUCAGGAAGGGAACACACAGGGCCAUGUGCAGAGGAGCACAUGGGAUAAAAACACACUCAGGCAUGGAGGAUAAAGUUAAAUAAACAUGAAAAAAGAUGAGAAAAGGCAGGAAACAGGGUGAGAGCGUGACAGGAAGAAUGAUAGGAUCUUCUGAUAACUCUUGCACAUGUUCACAGCUGUUCAGAGAUUCGUUUGUAGACAGUUUCUAAUGUGACUAAUGUGCUGUAAAACCGCUGUGCCUUCUUCUUUUAAUUCUAGAUCACAGGUUUGUACAAGGGGAACUGCAAUAUCUGUAGUUUUUAAUUAUUUUAAGUAUCCUUAACAUAAGCAGCAUUGUUAUUUAUUUUUCAUUUAUCCAUUAAAGCAGGUGAUCUGCUCAUAUCAUAUCAGCCACCUUCAGCUGAUUCUUCUUCAGUUCAGCCAUAUCAUGUUGCUGUAUUGGAUGGUGACUUUUUAAUGGAGCCAAGAUUAUGCUGAAAAGCAUUUAAAAAGCAUUUUUUUGCAGGAUAUUUUAUAUGGUAACAAUUUAUGUGGAUGAUCCCUUUUAUGGCCUUGUUGAUGCUCAACUAACAAUUAACUGAAUGUCUAUUAAAUGCAACCUUAAUUAUUAAUCAACACUAAAAUUUAACAUUAACCUAAACUUUAAAUCCAACCCUAAACCCAGUCCUAAAAUGUUAAGAUUAGAGUGUGGGUUGGAGUUGCAUUUAGAGUUACAUUCAAUAGAGAAUCAAUUGCAUUUAAUACACUGAAAAAAAUGAUGAGGAAAAUUUACUUCAACUUUCUGCAUUUGCUUUUUUUAAGUAAAUAUAAUUUCAGAUAAAUUUAAGUAAAUUCAACUCGGUUUCAAGACUUAAAUGUUACACAGAGUAAAUAAGUGAACUGAACUUCAGUCAAUCCUUUCUUUUAGUAAACUUUACUUCAUUUAUUUUACUGAAUCAAUCCUUUCUUUUAGUAAACUUUACUUUAUUUAUUUUUACUGAAUCAAUCCUUUCUUUUAGUAAACUUUACUUCAUUUAUUUUACUGAAUCAAUCCUUUCUUUUAUUAAACUUUACUUCAUUUAUUUUUACUGAAUCAAUCCUUUCUUUUAGUAACUUUACUUCAUUUCUGCAUAAAAGAAUGUAUUACAUGUCAUCCAUGUGUUAAGACAGUGUAAUAUGUGUGUUUUAACUAAAAAAUAAUAAAAUUUCAGGAAUUAUAAUGUAUACUUGAGUAAUAUUGUAUAAAUGAAGUAAUUGUAAUUAGGUAAUACUGUAUGCAUAAAUUAUGUAGCUUACUAAAAGAAAGGAUUGAUUCAGUAAAAAUAAAUGAAGUAAAGUUUACUAAAAGAAAGGAUUGAUUCAGUAAAAAUAAAUGAAGUAAAGUUUACUAAAAGAAAGGAUUGACUGAAGUUCAUCUUUUUAUUUACUCUAUGUAACAUUUUUACGUCUUGAAACUGAGUUGAAGUUACUUACAUUUAUCUGAAAUGUAAUUUACUUUAAAAAAGCAAAUGCAGAAAGUUGCAAAACUUUUUUAAAGUAAAUUUUACGCAUAUUUUUUUUUCAGUGUAGACAUGCAGUUGAAUGUUAGUUGAAUGAGAGUUGAGCGUCAAUGACGCCAUCAAAUGGACCAUCCAAGUAAAAUAUUACCCUUUAUAUGUAUGACUGUGGUUUGCUGGGUCACUGCUUUCACUACAUCAUUGAGAAGUUUUAAAAUAGUUUGUUUUAAGAUAAAAAAAUAAAAACAGCAAACAGCAUGCGUUCGGUUUUUAGGCCAGUGUACGUAUGUCACACAUGCAUCCAGUGGUGGGAACGGGCUGAGCCCUGCUCUGCAUAUAGGAUUUUUUUAAUAGUAUUUCAGUCUUCAGUUUCUAUAACUACAUGCAGUAUAACAUGCAUUAUUACAUGCAUGAUUUUUUUUUUCAUAGCCAACAACAAUAUUUGGAGUUUUUUUUUUGUGAAGCUAUUUUUACAUUAUGCAUCUUUACAUCAUGUUUAUGUUUCAUCUUUCAGAUGCUUUAUUUUUUAUUUUGCUUUCUUUUAGACGCUAGAAAAAGGUGCUUUCUAAAAUGUCUGUUGUGUUUUUGAGAUUAGUAUUGUGCUCGUAACUGUAAUAUUUCAUUGAUCUUUACGUGGAUGUUAACUUGGAAUCGCACAAAUGGAAUAAAUGUCCUCUCUGUUUUGUUGUUUUUACACUGCACACCUACUAAAAGCAAUGUGACACGAAUCCUACUAGUGAAAGAGCAAUGUGACAAAAAUCUGAAAGAGUCUUUUAUUUUAUACACUUUUCAGAUUGUAUUACAUAGUGAGAGUUGAAAUGCAUUGUUUUUUGAUGAUCUUGAUUAAAUGACUAUAAUUCAGCA